GGAGGCGCGGGCGCUGUCCAGCGUGCUGAAGCCGGAGCGUGCGAGCCGCUCGGAGCUGCGCUGACCCAGCUGAGCCCAGCCCACUGGACGCCAGACUGCGACCGUCGCUCAUACCCCAGCCACCGCUCGGAGCCCAGGCGGACGCGUCCCGAUCUUCCCCUGUCCCACCCCGCCCCGACCCUCCUCUCCACCUCCCGCGUCGUGACACCAGCUGUCUGCGGCAGCAUCUUGGUCAUGAAAUCCCUCAGGUUGCCGGCUUCCACCCUCUUCUGCUUCCUUCUACUGAUCGAGGGGUUAGGAGCAGCGCCCCCGGGUCGCCUUGAGGCGCAGCCUCCUCCUCUCAGCUCUGAGCAUAAAGAGCCGGUAGCUGGGGACGCAGUGCCCGGGCAAAAGGAUGGCAGCGCCCUAGAGGUCCGAGCUGCUCGAAAUUCCGAGCCGCAGGACGAGGGAGAGCUUUUCCAGGGCGUGGAUCCCCGGGCGCUGGCCGCGGUGCUGCUGCAGGCACUCGACCGCCCAGCCUCGCCCCCCGCGCCAGGCGGCUCCCAGCAGGGACCAGCGGAAGAAGCAGCCGAAGCUCUGCUGACCGAGACCGUGCGCAGCCAGACCCACAGCCUCCCGGCGCCAGAGACCAAGGAGGCUGCGGCUCCGCCUCGCCCUCAGACUCAGGAGAAUGGGCCCGAGGAGGGCGACCCCUCCGAUGAGCUCGAGGCACUAGCGUCCCUGCUCCAGGAACUGCGAGAUUUCAGUCCAAGUAGCGCUAAGCGCCAGCAAGAGACAGCGGCAGCAGAGACGGAAACCCGCACGCACACGCUGACCCGAGUCAAUCUGGAGAGCCCGGGGCCAGAGCGCGUGUGGCGCGCUUCCUGGGGAGAGUUCCAGGCACGCGUCCCAGAGCGCGCGCCCCUGCCACCCCCGGGCCCCUCGCAAUUCCAGGCGCGUAUGCCUGAGAGCGGGCCCCUUCCCGAAACCCACCAGUUCGGGGAUGGAGUGACCUCCCCCAAAACACACCUAGGCGAGGCAUUGGCACCCCUGUCCAAGGCGUACCAAGGCCUGGGUGCCCCCUUCCCCAAGGCACGCCGGCCUGAGAGCUCACUCCUGGGCGGCUCCGAGGCGGGGGAGCGCCUUCUACAGCAAGGGCUGGCGCAGGUAGAGGCCGGGCGGCGGCAGGCGGAGGCCACGCGGCAGGCCGCGGCGCAGGAAGAGCGGCUGGCCGACCUCGCCUCCGACCUGCUGCUCCAGUAUUUGCUGCAGGGCGGGGCCCGGCUGCGCGGCCUGGGGGGUCGGGGGCUGCAGGAGGCGACGGAGGAGCGAGAGAGCGAAAGGGAGGAGGAGGAGGCGGAGCAGGAGAGACGCGGCGGGGAGGAGAGGGUGGGGGAAGAGGAUGAGGAGGCGGCGGAGGCGGAGGCAGAAGCGGAGGAGGCGGAGAGGGCGCGGCAGAACGCGCUACUGUUCGCGGAGGAGGAGGACGGGGAAGCCGGAGCGGAGGACAAGCGCUCCCAGGAGGAGACGCCGGGCCACCGGCGGAAGGAGGAUGAGGGGGCACAGGAGGGCGGGGAGGAAGAGGAGGAGGACGACGAGGAGAUGGACCCGCAGACGAUCGAUAGUCUCAUCGAGCUGUCCACCAAACUCCACCUGCCCGCUGACGACGUGGUCAGCAUCAUCGAGGAGGUGGAGGAGAAGCGGAAGCGGAAGAAGAACGCCCCUCCCGAGCCCAUACCGGCCCCCCGGGCCGCCCCUGCCCCCACCCAUGUCCGCUCCCCGCAGCCCCCGCCCCCGGUCCCCGCCCCCGCUCGAGAAGAGCAGCCGGACUGGAACGAGGUGCUCCCGCCCUGGGAUCGGGAGGAGGACGAGGUGUUUCCCCCAGGGCCCUACCACCCUUUUCCAAACUAUAUCCGGCCGCGGACACUGCAGCCGCCCGCGGCCUCUCGCCGCCGCCACUAUCACCACGUCUUGCCACCUUCGCGCCACUAUCCCGACCGCGAGGCCCAGGCGUGGCGCGCGCAGGAGGAGGCAGAGGCGGAGGAGCGCCGGCUGCAGGAGCAGGAGGAGCUGGAGAAUUACAUCGAGCACGUGCUGCUCCGGCGCCCGUGAACCGCCCCGGCCCCGCCCCCGCGCGCCCCCGCCGCGCGCGCCACUCCCCCCUCCGUGUCGUCCUCUCCCCUCUCGGUGUUUGCAUGCGCCCUGGCCCCGCCCCUCCGCCGCCGCCCGGCCCCGCCGCCGCCCCGCCCCCGAGCGGUGUCGGGACCUGUCGGACCUCUUCCUGUGGCCCAAACUCCCAGAACUCACUCCCGGGUGACCUGGGGCCAGCCCAGGCGGGCGGGUGGUUUGUGCGAGUUCCCUCCCCCCGAGGGACGGGACGUCCCCGUCCAAAACCGGAAAAAGCAGUUCCAGUUAAUUGUGUGAAACGUGUCUGUCUCUAGCCCUUCUGGCCUCCCAGAGCCUCUCCACCCACUCCCAAGUCGCUGUGAAUUUACCCUUCUUUCCUUUCUCUGUUGUAAAUACCCCUCACGGAGGAAAUAGUUUUGCUAAGAAAUAAAAGUGACUAUUUUAUUAGGA